AUGAAGCAUUUUAAAUUUCAUAAUUUAACGAAGAGGAAUCCUCAUAUUUGUGUUAUGCCAGGGACCAUGAUUUUCUGUCAAUUAAGGAAAUUGUCAAUUGUAAAUAUUGUUAGUUAUCAACCGACUCUUCUAAGAAUAAGAUCCGUACAUAUACUUAUAUAUUGUUGUUUAAAGAGGAUGAAUAUACUCCUGGUGCACCUACUGCUACUGGUUGGAGGGUGCCUGAGCAAACCCUCUACUGAAACAUGGUUUCAAAAAUCCUUUAACAAUAUGCAAUCCGUACAGUCUAAUUUAGGACAACAGUUUGAUGAAUCAUUUAAAAAAGCCUCUUCACAGCUUAACAAGGCCAUGGAAAACUUUCAUGCAAGAUAUGGUGGUCCAGCAGACGCUAAAAUGCGAGAAUUAUCCGCUAGAUGGAGUUCAGAUCUAGAAGGUAUGUCUGAGAGUAUGAUCGAGGGUGCUGAAGAAUUCUCUGAUAUGUUCCAUGAAAAAACAGCUGAUAUCUCAAACAUGAUGAACACUGGUGCUGAAGAUAUUUCGCAGAUUUUCAAUGAAAAUGCUGGAAGAUUUUCCUCCAUACUUGAUGAUACAUUUCAAGGAAUUGGAAGGUUUGGAGAUGAUUCACUACAGCAGACAAGUGAAAUAUUUGGAGGAAUGCCAAGAAUAGACUCAAAUAUAUUUGGAAUAUUCAACAGAAUUAGACCGUCCUGGUGGGAGGGAGAAAAUGUUUGCGUUGAAAGAGAGGUUAUGUCAGGUCAAGGAUUGGAGGGUAUUGAUGUAAACUACAGUCCUGGCACGAAUAUACAAUUACAGAUUUCUAAAUGUGAGGAUAGGGAAGGCUUUCAUCAAUGUAGUCAAUCCAUUCUAGAAGAUGGAGAACUCAAAACAAUCAAAACAACAUUUAGUUGCUGCCACGGAUUCAAGCUGACAGACAACAAUCUUUGUGAGGAAUUUGAUAUCAGGCCUACUGAGGAAACAAUUGCAGAUCUUGAAGGAACUGAUUUCUUAGCUUUAAUCAGUGAAGAGAAUCUUUUAAAAGAGCUGGAUAAUUCAACAAUAUUCAUGCCUAACAAUCAGGCAAUUCAUGCUUUCAAAACAGAACUUGCAAAGAUGGAGAUACAUGGAGGGAAUGAAGAAGUUGUCUACAACAUUGACGACGGUCUUCUACAGUACAGAAAAAGAAGAAGUGCAGAUAUUAUUAUACAUGAGGAGAUGAAACUUAAACAAAUUCUGCUCAGUCAUAUCUCACCGACCAUUAACAAUCUAAAGGAUUUUUCUGACAAUGAAUUGCUGGUGUCUAAAGCUGAAGGAGGAGGUUCUAUCAGGAUGAGUGUAUACAACACCUUUCCUGAGAAGAUUGUUCUAGCAAACUGUGCUCUCAUCAUUUCAAAGGAUCAUCAUACUACAACUGGAGUUGUUCACGUUGUUGACCGUGUUUUCCAGCCUGCAUCACAAACAGUAGGAGAAAUUCUGUCUGAAGAUCUUCAAUUCCAGACCUUCAUGUCCUCAUUAGAUGCCACAACCUUAGCUCUAUUAAACUCAACCAAUCAAUCAAUCACUGUAUUUGCUCCAACAGAGAAGGCAUUCCAGGAACUAUCUUCAAUGGAUAAGGAGAGGGUGCUAGACUCUGGAUCCUGUGGAAACCAUAUUUUACAAUCUCACAUUCUCCCAACAGUAGUCUGCUCAGGAGCUGUAUCUGGUCGUGUCAAGGUAUCCAACCUCCUGAAAGAAACUGUAGAUUUUAGACGAGAUGAAAAUGAAAAGGUGUAUAUAGAGAACAAGGAGCUAAUUAUCAAGGAUGUGGUUGGAACUAAUGGUGUGAUUCAUGUAAUUGAAUCAGUUAUCAUCCCAUCAUCUGCAAAAACAGUAGAAGAAGAGUUGAAGAGAAGAAACGCAGUUAAAUUCCUAGAACUGAUAGAGAAAACUGAUUUGAAAAAUCAGCUAAACCACAUGGAAAACUUUACUCUCUUCCUACCCUCGAACAAAGCCAUGAAUCAGAUUUCUAGCGAGGAUUUAGAGAAGAUAAAGGAAGAUGAAAAUGAACUUAAGAAGAUUAUCCUUCAUCAUAUUCUUCCUGGACCAGAUGUUCAGAAAGAAUUCACAAGGUUAUAUUAUUAUCAUUAA